CACCACAUGUUUCCCCUAGGUGGCAAUAUAUGGCAAAAGCUUCUGUACCUCAGCCAGAGAUGCCUUCUUCCUCCUCAUGAGAAAUAUAAUCAGGGUGGCUGUCUUGGACAAGGUGACUGACUUCCUAUUGUUUUUGGGGAAGCUCCUCAUCGUUGGAAUUGUGGGAAUCUGUUCUUUCUUCUUCUUCUCUGGGAGGAUUAAGGCUGUGGAGCAGACUGCCCCCUCUCUCAACUACUACUGGGUUCCCAUUCUGACGGUGGUGGUGGGAUCCUACCUGAUUGCCCAUGGAUUCUUCAGUGUGUACGCUAUGUGUGUGGACACACUCUUCCUCUGCUUCUGCGAAGACCUGGAGAGAAACGACGGCUCUCCAGAAAGGCCGUACUUCAUGUCUCUGGAGCUUCACGAGAUUCUCUCCAAAACCAAAAUGGCGGAGGAAGAGGACAACAAAGAUGGUACGGAACAGCCAGACGCUGACCCAAGUGAACCUACACUGAUGGACGAAGUUCGCCUGGAGGAGGAAGUACCGCUGAAAGAACAAGAUGGAGAGAUACAACUACAACGCCAAGAUGUGUUCAUGCAGGCCAACGAAGAGGAGCAACCUCUGAAGGAGAAGAUCAAAGAGGAGGAAGUGGAAGAACCACAAGAGGAGAAAUCUGAAGUGAAGGAGGAGAAGGAAGAGAAGGGACCAGAAAAGAAGGGACCAGAAGAGGAGGCAGGAGUGGAAGAAAAGGGAUCAAAGGAGGACAAGCCUGAAGAGAAGGAUCACCAGCCGACAGAACCUAAAAAGGAAGAGACGGAGGAAAAGAAACCUCAAGUGGCGGAGCCUAAAGACCCUCCUUCUACACCCCAGGAGUAGUAGUUUACGUUGUCAUGGAGACGUGGAGCUUGGUAAACCUCAUAACUAGGUCAGGAAAUGCCCCUGGCCCUACUCAUAUAACAUGUGCCGUAUGGAGCCAGUAUACAGUACCUGUUACUAACGACGUAAUAUGUAAUUCUAUGCUAAUAUGUCAUUCUAUGCUAACGACUGUGUGAUUUGAACCAGUUAAAUGUAUGACCAGCUUUUAAAUGCAAGACUUUUCACAGUGCUAAUGUAUUGUAUUCACACACAGGGUUGUUUUAACGUAAAGGUAGAUGGUUUUAACAAGGUCCUGUGGUUGUAAAAGGCUGGUCAAAAACCCAGUGCAUCUCUGUAGCUUGAAAAUAUUAUGUUUAUUUAUUGACUAUUCAUUUAUUGUGUUGGUUUGGUUUUAGACAGUGAUGGUUUUUUACCGUGAGGAUCUGUAGAUUUGUGAGUGCUGAACCUGUGCCUGACUACUACAAUUGUUAUUAUGAAUAUUUAAUUGUCUUAAUAUCAUGAAGUAAUGAGUAAUGAAUGCACUAUGAAUUCACUAUUACAAUGUUUACAGUCAAUCAAAACAAAACUUCAACUAACGGUGAAAAUGAACAAUGUUUACAUUGAUACCAGCUGACACCAAAUGGUAAAUCCUUUGAUAUCCUUUGAUAUGAAAAUGGGAUUUCCAAUGGAAUCAAUGUGUAUGUACAGUAUGUAUUUAUUAAUUAGUAUGCUUAUUAUGUCUUAUCACAUCUGUGUGUAAUUACUAAUUUUGCUUAUUAAGUUCUGUAUCAAUUAUAUAGAUGAUCCCUCCAGCCAGGAACAUGUUUUUGGACUCAAUGUAUUGUAGUGAAAUUCCACAAACUACUUGCCUUGGAAUUUCAGCUUAACUGCUGUGAUUGUGUUGCUGUGACGCAAUCGUUUUAACCUCUCAGAUCUGGGUCGUAUUACCCACAGGAGGUUGGUGGCGCCUUAAUUGGGGAGGACGGGCUCUUGGUAAUAGCUGGAGCGGAAUCAGUGGAAUGGUAUCAAAUACAUCGAAAACAUGGUUUCCAUGUGUCUGAUGCCAUUCUAUUUACUCCAUUCCGGCCUUAUUAUGAGGCGUACCUGAACUUGUUUUUGUUUUCCGUUGCAAAAUGUUUUUAAACGUUUUCCGCUGCAUGGCCUAAUGAAUACGACCUUGCAAGCCCUGUUCAAUGUUUACUGACCCUAUUUGCCUUUGUUUUCUUCUUUCUCUCGAUCUUUCUCUCUGUCUGUCUCUCUUUCUCUCUCUUCCUAUCUCUGUGCUGCAUGGUGUUUCAGUAACAUUGCCUAUUGAGUGCUUUAUCAAAACUAACCUUGCAACCUUCUGCCAAUGUUUUCUAUCUGUUUCUGUCAGUGUGUGUCACAUUGUAAACAUGUUAGCUGAUGUAGUAUUUCACUUAUAUAUGAUACAUUCCACUCAGUUUGCUUCUGUUGGAUGCAGCUGUUGAUUAAAGUUUGUUGUAUUGAUCAA